CUGCAGGGGUGGAGCGUAUCGAGGGCUGUCUCUGAUGUUCUGUCAGCCUCACAUCAGAACGGCUGCAGCGAGCGACAGGAGAGGAGGGGUUGUCUGACACGGAGCCGACGAAGGACGAGGCAGCUGGGAAUUUUGUUGCUAUUGGACUGCUGGAUCUGUGUGCUUUCCCUAUGCUUAAUAACGCUCACUUCUGGCUGGGAAAUGUUAUUUGACUUCUGGAGAAUCACAGAUAUAUUUUGUGCUUGUCUGUCAAAGCUGUGACAUUUUUAAAGGAGUGUUUGAACUGAGGUGUUUUCCUCGCCAUCAAAUGGAUGCAAGUGCGUGAGGGGAAUACUUAUAAACUGCGCGUUGCGUCCUGCGGAGGCACACCGCUUCGCUUUCCAUUGCUGCUCCCAAGGGCCAAGCAGAGCCCAUCAAUCCCCCCACUGUUUGCCGACCUGCGGAAUUUUACUGCCUCAACCCGGGAAUUAACGAGUCUGAGCUGUGGAACCGUCAUUUCCAGUUUUGGGGGAGGGUGGAUCCAAUCCUCCUGCGUGGGAGGCGGUGGAGGGUACAUCAAAAUGGGGAACAGCUUCUCCAACAUCUCUGCCUUCCAGUCACUUCACAUCGUCAUGCUGGGUUUGGACUCUGCCGGUAAGACCACAGUUCUUUAUAGAUUGAAAUUCAACGAAUUCGUCAACACCGUCCCCACAAUCGGUUUCAACACGGAGAAAAUCAGGCUGAGUAACGGCACAGCGAAGGGCAUCAGCUGUCACUUUUGGGACGUGGGGGGACAGGAGAAGCUGCGGCCCCUGUGGAAGUCCUACAGCCGCUGCACAGAUGGCAUCAUCUACGUGGUGGAUUCGGUGGACGUGGACCGGCUGGAGGAGGCUAAGACCGAGCUGCAUAAGGUCACCAAGUUCGCGGAGAACCAGGGCACACCACUGCUGGUCAUCGCCAACAAGCAGGACCUGCCUAAGUCCCUGCCAGUGGCUGACAUCGAGAAGCAGCUGGCCCUGCACGAGCUCGCGCCCUCCACGACAUACCACGUUCAACCCGCAUGCGCCAUCAUAGGAGAGGGGCUUCACGAGGGCAUGGACAAGCUGUACGAGAUGAUCGUGAAGAGGAGGAAGUCUCUGAAGCAGAAGAAGAAGCAGCGGUAGCAGUGGCUGGAGCUGGACUCUGUUUCUGCCUGACUUACUGUGAGAAAUCCGGGGUUCUGCCAUUUGCGGCACCCAGGCGGGUUGAUUUCUGUUUUCUUCCAUCCUGUUUUUCGAAUUAAACCUGUUAAGCCCUUCUGAGUGAUGCUUUUGCACACAGAAGGCUGCAGGGUUGUCAACAGAACAUUAAACAAAAAAAAAGACCUAUGAUCCAGAAACUUUGUGAGAGAAACGGGCUGGCCUGUUUUAUCUGCUGCUUUGUCUACAACUUUAAAGGAACAGUUUGGAUGUUUUGAAUUUAGAUUCUGUUAAGUUAUUUCACCUCUAGUAGACAGAUGUCAUAUUGCAAAGAGUUGGUUAAAAGUAAUGAAAUUGUAAGAGUGAUGAAAGGCUAACAGCUUUUUAAUAUUUUCUUUGGUCAAAGUUUCAUUAUGUAUUUAGAAUAAAAAUGGAUCAAAUUUUAAACUAGUCAGAUAGAUCUGUAACUAUUUAGAGCAACUGAAACUAGAAAUUUUUAUAUUUGUGGGAUUAAACAACUACAUUUUCCUGCAAGAGGCCUGUUAAGUUUGCUUUUUAACAAUCAAAGAAAGUUAAAAAUUUUUUAGCUAAAGUUGUGGGUUGAGGCUGUUGUCUGGCACAAGCUGGUUAAGCAUAGUCAGUCAUAGAUUGAUAACCAAAAAAUACACCUGGUAUCAAUUUUUCCCACCUUUGUCCUAAAUCUUUUUGUUGGUAGCAUGUAUAAUAAAACUGUGUUAGUUUUACACAAUAUUA